UCGCAUAUUUAAACAUAAGUUGUUGCACAUUAAUAUCAUAGUGUACUCAAACUGAAGAUCAAAGAAAUUGAAACAUAAAACUUUUACUAACUCCUGCGUAUUGAUACAAUGGAUGUGACAAGAUUACGAGUUCCUAUGGACUGUUUUCCGCGAUGGUCUUUCGCUUCAAGAAAUACUCCAGGGAUAGAAGCAAGAUUCAAUAGAAUGAUGAAACAGGCUGGAAUGACUGAUGAAAAAGUCUUUCAUUGUUGUAAAAAUGAUACAGUUUUCAUUUCUAUAUACAGAAAUAUGGACGAAAAAGAUACUUUCAUAACAGAGAAAAUUGUGAGACGAAAUUCAAGCAAAAUUAUAAAGUUAUUGAACGGUUUUCAUCAAAAGGAAAAAGAUUGUUUGGAAAUUGCUAUACUUACUACUAUGGAAAAAGAAGAUAUCUUAAAAUUAGGAUUGAAUACUAGUAAACGUUUUGUAAUUGAUGCACAGGAAGUCAAAAAUGAUCCUAAUUCAGAGGAGGUAGUUACUACAGCAGAAUCACUCGCCAGUGAUAUUGAUGAUUAUUUGGAACAUGAAGCGUACAAACCGUUGAUGAAAUACUACAAGAUUUUACAGAAUUUGUUGCACUGCAGUAUUGAUGAAAACGUGGAAGACAAGGGGAUGACUUUCAAGUUUGAAAAUCCAAAAGCUAUACCAAGAGAAGCGAUUGAACAACUUCUGGAAGAGAUUAUGGCGUUGUUAAAUUCAAGUCAUAUACAAGAGGAGCAAAAACCUCAUCCAGAGUGUUGCACUACACCUAUGUCAGAACAGGUAAGAAAGGAACUUUUUGAAAUGUGUCCAACAAUCAUGGCCGUAGGGUACCGCUUUCAAAAGAUACACCUUUAUCUUGAAGAAAUAAAAGAUAAGAAUGAAAUGGGAAAUCGCAAACAAACAAUUGAAAAAUUUAUGGAAAAGAACCUUAUUGGAAAUUACAGUUCAUCAAUUGUUUAUUCGGAAAUGAAGGAGCUAAUGUCUGCUGGGUCAAAAGUUAUAGCUCGAAACGAAAAUCAAAACAUCAAGAAGUCAGGUUCUCUUGGAUGUAUAGCAGAAAUGGAAGCAGGAGAUUCGAGAACAGACUGCAUACUGGUUGCAAAGCAUGUUGUGUUGGGCUGUUCUGACCUUUUUCUUGAAGAAAACGUUUCAGAAAGAAGGAUUGCCAGUGUCAUUGAAAGUACAUCCAAAUACAAAUAUGGAUCGCUUGAUAUAGCAGCUGCUGAGGCUGUUGUGAAGAUUGAAAAUGACGACAGAAAAUUAAAAGAUUCCGUUGGUAAUCUACGGCGCGGAAAACUUAUUGAAAACAUUGAGGGUAGACAUGCAACAAUGUCCGGAAUAAAAGUUCAUGUCUGGGGAUCGAAAUCCCAACCGGGAAAGGGAAUAAUCACAGAUACCAAUUACACCAUUGAGGGAAUGAAUGCCAGCCUUGUUCAAAUACAAAAUGAAGAAAGUUAUCCAGGUGCUGAGGUAAGACCUUUUGCAGUAGAAGGAGAUAGUGGGGGAAUCAUUUGUUCAGAUGACCCCGACGAUGAACAUGUAAAUGCAUACGCAAUGCUUAUUGGUAAGAAUUUAGAAACUACAUACAUAGCUCUUCCGUUGGAUAAAGGAAUCAUACAACUUGAAGAACAGACAGGGAACACAUUCACCCUCUUUAAUUAAAGAAUAAAACCCUUCAAACUAAAUAUGCAAGAUUAAGUUUGUAUUCAAGUAAUAAUUUGCGAAUGAAAUGAAAUCAAACAUGACAAUGCAUGAACAGCUGGCGCCGCGAUGCAAUCUUGAUCGACACAUAUUGCGCUUAAUGGAUUGUUAUUAGUUCACGAAUGGGGGAUUACUGUGAUUUCAAAGCAUAUAAUGAACAACAUUUCUCUAGAGGUCCGACCUAAACAACAUGAACUAAUGGGUUCACUCUGCGUUGCGAACUUUUUUUCUAUUUAAUUUCACACGAUUGAACCAAUUUAAAAUGUGCCAGUGUCUAUUCUAGGAGAAGGGGUGGGGGUGUUCACUCAUAUUUUAAAGACACUGGGUGUACAACUUAAAUUUUUAAUUCAAUUUAAUAUUUUACUCAGAUGUAGUUUUGAGUUUUAAGCUUUUGUUUCAAUGCAAGUUUGUUCAUUUACUUUAGAAUUGUAUUCGUUAGUAACAUGUACAAAUGCGUUUACAAAUGCGUUCAGUAUAUAGAUUUUUCAGUUUUGAUUUUAUAUGAUUAUUGUAUAUUAUUUAAAGCAUAAUAAUGGUUUUAGUGUUUACUCAUACAUUUUUUUAAAUCAAAAUAUGAUUAUGUACAAAUUUAG